AUGGAUGUGGACGGUUCAGCAAUACCCGGGGAGAUAGAUCAAAACUUACUAUUGCAAUUCAGUUGUAUGAAUACAACUGAUAGAGAAGAGCUCAUAGUACAAAUGCAAAGGUUGUUAGGCCCCAGUUUGAAUUAUAAUACCGCAAGUUUUUUCUUAGAUAUGAGCAAUUGGAACUUACAAGCUGCAAUCUGUUGUUAUUUAGAUUACAGUCUACCACCUAAACUUCCAUCUAUGUCAUUAAAGGCAUCUCAAAGUCAAGAAGCAGCUGUAACACCUGGUUCUUGUUUUGAACAAAGCUGGAGUAUUGCCAAUACAGGAGCAGAAGCGUGGCCUGGAAGCUGUAGACUAAUACAAGCGGGAGGAGAACAAUUCAGUGCUACACCAACCUAUGUUCCUCCUUUGCUGCCAGGACAUUCUACUACUGUUACAUUGAAGUUAACUGCUCCUAGUGUGCCUGGUGCUCAUAGAGGUUAUUUUCAUUUAGUGACAGACAAAGGUGAACAAAUAGGAGAUACUUUGUGGGCUGAAAUCACGGUAGAGUCAGAAAUGACAUUAGCACUUGCAGAACAAUUGGCUGCAUUGCCCGUCCCUAGUAGUAGAUUGGAUGAAGGUGUAUCUCAGGUGCCAUCACAAGAUGAUCAAAUGUGUUGA